CCCUUUUCUUCCCGAGCUCGAUUUGAUUUUAGUGGCCUUGCACUUCGCGGUCGCGCUUGGUUUUGGAUCUCUUGGUAUUGCACACGCUAACUGUUUCUACCCCGCUUACGCUCUCUGCCUCCCUCUCUGCGUGCUUGAAAGACCCCGUAGUAGUAUUGGCCUUUUGUCGGCACCGGGAAAAGAGGAGAGGGCUCGGAGAUUGUGCCGGGUUGGAUCUGUCUCUAAGGAGUGGCAGGCUGUAACUAGCGUCAUGGCCGCAGGUGGAUCAAGAGCCCGAGCCGAUUACGAUUACCUCAUCAAGUUGCUGUUGAUUGGCGACAGUGGGGUUGGGAAAUCUUGUCUUCUCCUUCGUUUCUCGGAUGACUCCUUUACUACAAGUUUCAUCACCACAAUAGGGAUUGACUUCAAGAUACGGACCAUCGAGCUGGAUGGGAAGCGCAUCAAGCUUCAGAUAUGGGACACGGCUGGACAAGAACGUUUCCGCACAAUCACAACAGCUUACUACAGAGGUGCCAUGGGAAUAUUGCUGGUAUACGAUGUAACGGACGAAUCUUCAUUUAACAAUAUUCGGAACUGGAUCAGGAACAUCGAGCAGCAUGCAUCUGACAAUGUGAACAAGAUCUUGGUUGGAAACAAAGCUGAUAUGGACGAGAGCAAAAGAGCUGUCCCAACUGCCAAAGGUCAAGCCCUAGCUGAUGAAUAUGGCAUCAAGUUUUUUGAAACUAGCGCUAAAACAAACAUGAACGUGGAAGAUGUUUUCUUCACAAUUGCAAGGGACAUCAAACAGAGGUUGGCUGAGACUGAUUCGAAGCCUGAGGCUGCUAAGAAUGCAAAGCCAGAUGUCAAGCUUCUUGCAGGAAAUUCUCAGCAAAAGCCAGCUUCUAGUUCCUGCUGCUCGUAGCUGAAAGCUUAUGUUGAGACAUUUGUCUGGUAAGCUUUUGGAUCUAUUCCGAGUAAAGGCUGUCUGUGAUCGUAAGCUGUUAGUGGGAGAGCGCAUUCUUAGUAUGUUUUGAGGUGGCUCCAUCAAACAGGCUGCUGGCAUGCUCUGGAGUUGAUCCUGGGUCAUGGUUGUAAGCGAGAGGUCCGGGUGCAGAAACCGAAUAUUUCUUGAGGGAGGCCUCAUGGCACUGAAGCAUUUUGCUAAAUUGUCUUUUCCAAAUUUUUUGAUGCAAUAUUGCGCCUUGUUCUGGCUUUCUCAAUCCUGUUGCAGGAUGAGAUGUCGAGACAUGAGAUGGAUAUUGCUGUCUGCAAUGGGAUUACUUUGCAAAUUUCUCUAAUUGGCUAUUUUAGGUCUAUUUUCAAAGACCUCAUUUUCGUAGUCUUCUUAUAGGAUGGCAUGGUGGUGGCAUGCCCCUGUGAAGCACUACGAUCAUGUAAGAUCACCUUGGUAUUAGGAUUGUUGGGGUGGGGAGGUCGAAGUACUGUGAGCUGAAUCAAUGAAGCUUGCAGGAUUGUAAUUACUGAUGGUGUUUUAAAUGCAACAUUAGAGAUUGGUAGAACUUCGUUUGAUGUCUAUCAUCACUUUUUUUGAGA